AUGGAUGUUCAAACUCGAGUGCGUGAGGACAAGGCGUUUGGCCACUCCCUCAGAUUUCCUUCGAGGGAGGCCGGUAGGGCCGAGGAUGGCGCCGCGGGCGGGGGCAACGCCGAGCUGCUGACGGCGUACAGGAAGAUAUCUUCCGACAGAGGUUGCGAGCCAAGGAAGUGGGUGGAGACGCUGCUUGCCAGCAUUCCAUCCAAUCUGGCCACCCUCGGCUUGUCCCUUCGCUUUUCGGAAACCAUAGAUCUGCGGACGGAUGCCAUCGGUGCCGAUGAGGCCACAGCGGUCGUGAUGACACUGCUUUCGAACAGCAGGGGCCGCAGGAAACGGGAGUGCGGCUCCAGACACCCGGCAAUGCUGCCACUGACGCUGCUGGACUUGUCCAACAGUGGGGCCGACAACAGCACAGUGAGGGCGCUGUGCUUUCAGUGCUGGUCACUCAGUACUAGGUGCAUGCUGAAGGACCUGAUCCUGCAGAACUGCAACUUGACUGGGGCUGCCAAGCAUGCCACAACUGAUUUCAUGUGGUCCCUUGCGAGCUGCCGACCCCUGUGCCGUUCACUUGAGCGCGUCUUCUUAACGGGAAAUUCUCAGCUGGACUGUUCCCAUACCUUCCCUUGGAGUCGAUUCCUGGGCCGCGUCCGCCUCUCAUUGUUGUGCCUGCAAGAUAGUGGAAUGAGCAGCUCCGCAGUUUGUAAAGUGUGCCAGGCUCUUUCGGAAUCCCCAACAACCCCAGGCAAUCUGCGUUGCCUGCGCCUGGGGCCUGCUGCUGAUGGCCAAAUGGAUGAGGUUGCCUUGCGCAGCCUGCUCGGUUGCAUUGGAAAGCUGACGCAGCUCCAGCUGCUGGAUGUGAAAGGCCUAACGCAAGAACAGGAAGAUGCUGUGCUGGAGGAAUGGAGACUGCUUAAAGGGUCCAAUGUGUUCAUCUGCCGACCAAGUCCAGGUCACUUUCGGAUCUCGUCGCUGGAGGGGUGCGAGUGUGACGAAGAGGUGCUCCCGUCAGAGUCCCUUACAUACACCAAGGGUGCCAAAUGGGGACGCUGUGAGAGGCAACCUGCAGGUCAGCAGGGCCUCGUCGACAAGAUUUGGGACGACCAAAGAGCACCCACAAUAUGGGGUGCUGCUGGCGACCACACUUCGGAUCAAAUGACUGCAGGGUGUCCUGCCAAGGUCACAGGCAGCAAAGACAGUGGUUUGGCAACUGGCAGUCAAGUUCCCAGCACACUCUUCCAUCACCCAGUGAUAUUCCAGCCGAGGCACCCUGCACAGAGGUCACCACUGCACGCGAUUCAGCCUGCUGCUCACCAAUCUGCACAAUCAAAGGGUCGUGAAUGCACAGAUUGCAAUCAAUACGACGCUUGGUUUGGCAACGACAUUGGCACAUCUGCAGCGAACCGACUGGGUGCCCAACUUGGCCACUCUGACAGGGUGGAUGCACCACGGCCCUAUGGUGCAGCAGAAACCAACAAGAGACGGGCUGAGAGGGCCCUGCACAGCCGUAAGAAGCAGAAGCGGGUGAGGGAUUAUUUUGGUGACCAGCUGCCACCUGCACAUGAGCGGGUGGCCAUCCUGCCGGGCAGCAGGAGCGAUGGCGGGGCACCGGCACAACAAAGGAAGCGCAGGCGGGCUGAUUGGACAAUGAGCAGAGGUGGCCAUCUGAAGGAUGUGCUUGAGGAGUCUGACUAUGGCAGCGAUGAUGGUGCAAUCAGCCAAGCCAGGCCAAGCACACAUAGUUCUGGAAGAGGGGGGCAGCACAGAAACCGUAGACGGCCACGAGCUGGUGGUGGCAGCUCCAAGAAGAAACAAGGUUCGGCCGCUGGCGCUAAGGUGGACGAUUUUGGACUUACGAAGAGGGGGUGUGAUCCUGCUGUAGAGAAACAGUUUGGACCCCCGCCUGGUGGAAGAGUGUUUGUUGCGAAAGGAGAUUCACCAGGCUCAUCAGACCUGAAGGGCUACGUGUCGGAUGGCUUUGUGCGGCCCGAUGCAGAGCUCGUGUACACUACCAGUGCAGACGACCUGGAUGUGCAGAAGGACUGGGAACACCUUGGAAGAGACGGCACCCUGAACAGUGACUCCCAGUCUGUGGCCAGCAGCACAUCAUCUGAAAUUGUGCCGUGCAUUGGUCCUGGCCGCAGCCAGCGUGGCAGUAGUCGGCAAAGGUCGUCUCUUGACAAAUCUGAUGGGAGGCCGUCCGCGGGGUCAAAAGUGCACAGACGGGCUGUUGUGAACAGCUUGGGUACCUCAGAUGAAGACGGCUUGGGUUCGAUUGUGUCAAAGAAGAGGGGCCUUCCUCGUAGCUUUGAGAUUGUUGAGCUGGAUGAAGAUGAGAGCAGAGAGCAGCCCAGGGACGAGGUUGGAGAGUCGGCUGGCGACACUGGGCCAGGUUCGCAUCAUGACAGGCAACUGAGAAAGGGCAAAAGCAGUAAAUCAAGAGACAGUCUGCCAUCCUGCCACAAUAUGGGAGGUUCUCCACAUCACAAGUUCCAAGCCAGGGAAGCACACUCAACGGGUUUUGAUGCUGGUGGUGAUUCUGAACAUUGGAACAAUGGCAAGCUCGAUCAUGGUGCCACUGAGGAUGUUCAAUUGAAGGGCAGCAGAAACAUGGCACAUACUGCGGAUGCUGUGCACCCAGAGGGCCAAGAGUCACUGCCAAUUGACUUGGGAACUGGCGACUGCAGUGAUCCGUUGGGCCGGCCCCAAACCCCACAUUUUGGGCCACAGAGCUAUUGCGACAAUGUUUCACCACCAGGCGAUGCAAAUGGGGGAGGGACAGCUACAGUGGAGGUUGGUUCUGACGGCCUACCCAUCGAUCUCACAGGAACCAGGGAGCAUGGUUCUGAAGGGAAAGAGAUCGGCACAGACAGCCAGUUAUUGGCCAGGCCAGACACUGAGGAAAGAUCGGGUGGUACUGAAGACAAUCAGAAAGCUACGAUGCGGCAGGAAAGGGUGAUGAGGAGGCUCGGUUUCUGGUCAUGGGACAGGCAAGCGGUGCACUGCAAUGAUGUGACAAUAGCUUAA